GAGCUACUUCCAUGUGGGCUUCCUGCUGUGGAUUGCUGAAUGAAGUGAUGGGUACUGGAGCGGUCCGUGGCCAGCAGGCUGGCUUUGGGGGAGGUGCUGGCCCAUUCCGAUUCGCACCGAACACAGACUUCUCAGCAUACCCAUCCUCAGCUGCUGCAGGCACUAACAUAGUUUGCAAAGCCUGUGGACUUUCCUUUUCGGUUUUCAGGAAAAAACACGUGUGUUGUGACUGCAAGAAGGAUUUUUGCUCCGUUUGCUCCGUUUCACAAGAGAAUCUCAGGAGAUGUUCCACUUGUCACUUGCUGCAAGAAACAGCUUUUCAGCGCCCUCAGUUAAUGAGAUUGAAAGUGAAGGAUCUGCGCCAGUACCUGAUUCUCAGAAACAUACCGACAGAUACUUGCAGAGAGAAGGAAGACUUGGUGGAUCUGGUGCUGUGCCACCACGGGUUAGGUUCGGAGGACAUGGACAGCAGCAGCUUGCACUCGUCACGGUCACAGACUUCAGGGUUUUUUACUCAUCCAUUUUCUAUGUCUGUAUCAGUGUCAUCUCAAGGAGAACUUGCAGACAGAAGUGGAAGCACAGGAAAUGGAACACCUUUACAGGGACAAACAGAAACAUUUUCUGUCAAUAAUGAAGAAGAAGAAAGUCCAGAAGAGCAGACCCCUGGACUGUCCAGAAAGCGAGCGAGAGCGUCUCUGUCUGAUAUUUCAAGUCUGGAAGACAUUGAAGGGUUGAGUGUUCGGCAGCUGAAGGAAAUACUUGCCUGUAAUUUUGUCAACUACUCAGGAUGCUGUGAAAAAUGGGAACUCGUGGAAAAAGUGAGCAGACUAUACAGAGAGAGUGAGGAAAACCACAAAACACAGGGUGAGAAGAUGCAGCUGACGGACGACGAUGACAACCUGUGCCGGAUCUGCAUGGACGCCGUCAUCGACUGUGUCCUGCUGGAAUGUGGCCACAUGGUCACCUGCACCAAGUGUGGCAAGAGGAUGAGCGAGUGCCCCAUCUGCCGACAGUACGUCGUCCGGGCCGUGCACGUCUUCAAGUCUUAACCCCAGACCAAAGCCCCAGUGGUGCCGUCACCCAUCCAGGAUUC